AUGACUAGCAGGUAUUUACAAAAUAUGCAAAAGCAAUAUUAUAAUCUGAACCAACAACUAAAUUCACCUUGUCAUAACUUUGAAAAGGUUCAAGCACCAGUAACUAGUGUACCAAACUCUAAAUUAAAAGUUAAACGUUGGGUACACAAUAAAGACCUUAAGUUAGAUCUUAGUGACGAUGAGGAUGUUAAAGAAGUGAUCAACAUCGACGAAAGUGAUCCAAAUUCAACUAAACUAAACUUAGACGAUAGUACAGUCGAUAAUACACACGCUAAUACACCAGAUUUUGAUCCUGGUACUAAUUCAGUCGACCCUGCUGAUCCUUCAGCAGCAGCGAAGGAUGUUAUUCAUCCGAAAGAGACACAACAUUUACACGAGCCAUCCACUCAAUCUGCAUAAUAAUUGUAAUUCAUAGCUUUUUUUAUUAAAUU